AUGGAUCAAAUGAAUGUUCAACGAUGGGCGAGUUCUCUACGUCAAUCUCAUCGAAAUCAAUUCCAGCCUCUAAUUGCAACUGAUAUCAGUAUAAGUGGUCAGCAUAGUGUUCGAGAUAUAUCAACAGCAUUGAAAGCUAGAGGAAACAAGACAUCGAAUCAAAAUCAACAUUAUUCGUUUACAUUAGAUUUUAUACCACCGAAGAAAAAUUUUAACCGUAGUUUAAAAGCGCAAUUUUAUGAACUUAAUAUGGCAGCUAAAGGUGAUGAAAAACUUCGUUCUUCUUCAAAUGGUCAACUUUCCGACAAUAAUACAUUAAAUUUUCAUACUCGAUCAGCAGAAUUUCAUGAUAUUGAUGUAUUGAGUGAUGCUGGUACUUAUAUAAUCGAUGAUGAUAUUGAUGUUAUACAAACUGAUAUAUCAAAACAAAAAAUUAAUCCUCCACCAUCAACUCUUAGACGAUAUGUAAAUCAAACAAACAAUCGUCAUGGAACUUUUGAUAUACACGGAUUAAUUUCGCCAAAUCCACAUACUGUGAUCCGGCCUAUUGUCGAUAUGAAUAUUCCAACACGUGAUUUAUCUUCAUCAUCAUCAAAUUCAUCAUCAUCAUCAUCAAUUCAUUCAUUUCCAGAUGAACUUGAACAUACAUUUCAUAAUGACUCUACUGUUCAAUUUCAAAAUAAUGUAUCUAAUAAUUUCAAUUAUGAACGAAAUACUCUUUUGCAACAACAAUUAAAAACACCGCCGAAAAAUCAAAUAAAACCAGUUGAAUGUUUUGUCCUUCCACCAACAUAUGAAACAAAAUUAUAUCCAACUACAAAUGUAUCUCAACAAAAAGCCGACGCUUCAUGGAAAUCACAAUCUGCAGUAAAACCUAUUUCUAAUAAAGAUUUGAAUUACGAAAAUUCAAUGAGUAAAUCAACUUCUCCUCCACUAUCAGCUCGUUCUAAUCCAAGUUUUACAGAGCAAUUAUCCUUUCAUCUUCAAAAACAACAUUCCGUUGCCAAACCAUCUACUCGACCACAAACGGCUAAAAAUGAACAUACAUCAUCAUUUCAACCGAAUUCGGUCACAAAUAAAGCAAUUCCUACAAAUGCUGGAUAUCAACGAUUAGGAUCAGCAUCAACAGCAACAAAUAAUAAUGAUGAAACAGGGUCAAAUUUUACAAAGAUUCCUACAAAUAAAUCAUUUAUAUUACGACAACAACGCUCGAAUCUUUUGGCAUCAGCACCAAAACCAGCACAACAGCAACAAACAAUAACAAAAGUAUCAUCACGUCAACCAUUAAAACAAACUGUAUCAACUUCAUCAACAUCAUCAUCGAUGACUAAUUCAAUAGGACAAACAAAUCGAGCUGUUGAAUUACGUCGUGCACGUGCACAAGAAAAAAUCGAACAAUUAUCUGAACGUACAAGAAAACAUUUACAUAAAAAUGAUAACAAUAAUCACAAUAAUCCUAAAAGUGAUAUAAUGAGUGCAUCAUGGCAUAGUAGUGCAAGUAGUCUAAGUAAAACGAAUUCAGCAAGCUUAGCCUCAAAUUCUCGCGUAACAUCAAGAACGAAUAAUGUACCUCGAAGACAAGAUAUGUUAACAACGCGAACAUUACAAUCUGCAUCAUAUCAUCGAUCUUCGUCAGUAAGUCCAAAUUUAUCUGAAGAAAAACCGGCAAGAUAUCCAAAAGGCUCAAUAGGAAGUAUUAGAGAUAUACAACCAUCUCAAAGAAUGGCUAUAAGUACUUAUAGUAUUGGAUCGGAACGAUGUGAUUCAUUACGUGAAAAUGGACAAAGAUUAGCAAUUCGAUUAAUUCAACUUUCAUCUGGUAUAUUAGAAAAAUUAAAAUUAAAUGAUACUACAAUUGAUAACAAUGUAAAUGUGCGUGACUUAGAACAACUUGUAGAUAAACUACAGACAGUCAAUCAAACAUUAAUUGGUGCUUUAAUAAUACCUCAUAGAUCAAUGUCGACUUAUGAAAAUACUUUAACAUCUUGGGCAUCAACUGGUCAACGUUCAGAACCAAUUUCAAAUAGAUUAGUUGAUAUUAAAAUUCGUGAUGAUUUACAAUUAAUAGGUGCGCAAGUUUUCUUUCGACAUGGAGCUCGUACACCACUUAAACUACUGCCAGGACUCGAAGAAGUAUCCUAUAGUAAAGAACACGUUCAAGGUUAUCCAUUAACAAAAUGGGAUAUUAAAUUAAUUACAAAAUUAGGUAACGAUAUUGUAUCAAAAGAUAAAAUUUCAUCACAAAAUGAUAUGAUUGGUGAUAAAAUUCGGCAAUUAAAAUCAGCUUCAGGUGAUAAAAUAGUUACAGGACAAUUAACAGCAGUUGGUGAAAAACAAUUGUAUGAACUAGGAAAAAUAAUACGAAGCGAAAUAAUAAAAGACGAUGAUAAAGGACUUAUACCACCAAUUUAUGAUCCAAAUUUUGUCUACUGUCGAUCAACAUACAUGGAUCGAACGGUAACUAGUGCUCGAUCAUUUCUUGCUGGUCUGUUUUCAUCCGAAAAACAAGAUAAUAAAGUACAGGCUAAAGGUCCAUUUGAAAUCGAAGUUCAUAACUUUCCAGAUGAGGAUAUGUUUCCAAAUGCUCGUGUUUACCCAAUAAUAGCGAAAUGCAAAUCAGCUUUAGAACUUUAUGGAUCACUAGAUGAUACUCAUGACUUGAAAAAAGCCCGUCAAGCAUUAAUUAAUCGUAUUGGUGUCAGUGAUUACGAACAUGGUAUUGUUGAAUUAUAUGAUGAUAUUGUUUCACGACAAGCACACAAUUUUUCUGUUCCAGAAGACUAUAAAGAAUUAACAAAAGAUUUCGAAUCCAUGUCUGCAAGAGAAUUCGUUGCGAUGGCAACAUCGAUUGGUUUUAAUGAAUUUGUACGUACGACAUGUGGACCACUUUUAUAUUUGAUGAACGAAAAUUUUAAGUCGAUAGUAAAAAAUUACUUGGCAGAAAAAGAAAAUAAAAUUCAAAAACCAUAUCAAAAACUUUUUGUCUAUUCUGGUCAUGAUACAACAAUAAUUCCAUUAGCAAUGGCACUUGAAAUUUUUAAUAUGCGUUGGCCAAAAUAUGCUGCAUAUAUAUUUAUGAAAUAUUAUAUAUCGAAAACUAAUCCUGAACAAACAUAUAUUACAGUUAAUUUUGCCGGUGAACCACAAGUACUACCUUAUUGUGAUAGUUAUUAUUGUCCUUAUUCAACAUUUGUAAAGAAUUUACAAAAUCGCUUUGAAAAGCCUAAGGCUUUAGUAAAAGAUUAG